AUGACCAAGAAACUACCAUUGAACGAGAGACUGAACAGAAGACCCAUCGCUAGGGCUUGCGAGUUCUGUCACCAAAAACAUUUACAAUGUGAUUCUAGUGAGUCAAAACAACCAAUCGUUGAUAUUAUAAGACCAUGGUAUGUUGAAAGAAAACGUGCCAAAUAUCUUGCUGAUGAUUCUAAAAGUAAACAAACUACAAAAAGAAGGAAAUCCACAAUUUCAAAUUCAGAAUCUGCAAACACUUCAACGGAUGAGACUACAAGAACACCUUCUGUUUCUACUUCAUUACCUAUUGAUACCAAAUUUCAACCUAUACUUCCAAAUGCUUCCAUAAGUGUGAAUGAAGGUUCUUUAUUUACAAAUUAUAGUCAAGAUUCAACUCCACAGAUAUCAAAUCAGCACCAGCAACACCAACAGCAACAACAACACCAACAAAUGAACCAAGCACUUCAAGUACCACCAUCCCACUCACAUAUACAAGGCUAUAACGAUGCGUUGAAUUCCAGGAAAACAAGGGGCGCUUCACCUACAAUAAAUCGAUUAAUACAAAGAGAACCAUCAAUAUCAACAUCAACUCGUGAAUAUUCACCACCAGGAGAUGUGUUUUCUUCACUAUUUGCAAAUGAAGAAUAUUCUCAAUUGGCUGAUAUCAUUGAUAAAUCUGGUGGAUUGGGAAAUGAAACUCCAUUAAGUCAACAUAGUCAUGGUAAUCAAUCAAUUAAUUUUAAUUCUGAAUUUCAAAGUUCUUUACAAAAUGAUAAUAAUACAAGACCUUAUAUAUCACUGAGUGAUAAUUCCAUAAAUCAUAAUCAAAGUUUUUCAUAUGAUUUAGUUCCAGAGGAAGAUUAUACUUCACCUUUAAUUAUUAGAAAUAUGAUUCAAAUACCUGAUGAUGUUUAUAAUGUUCAAAUAAAUUCAUAUAAUUACCCCAAGGCAUAUCAUGCAUUAUUAAAUUAUUUGAAAACAAGAUUUAAUAAGGAACAAUUAAUUAAAAUUGCCAAAUUUAUGGCUGAUUAUAGACCAAGUUUUAUAGCUGCAACAAGAUCACUUGUUGAAUUAGAUUUAUUAUUUGCAGAACGGUCAUUCCAAAGAUCAUUAUUAGAAUAUGAAUCAAUGUCAAGUCUUUCAUCUUCUCCUACAAUCAUGUGGAGACGAACAGGGGAAAUUGUUGCCGUGAGUUCAGAAUUUUCAUCAUUAACAUCACAUUCAAAAUUUGCCCUUUUAUCUAAAAGAACAUUUAUCAUUGAGUUGAUGAAUGAAUCAUCAGCUUUAGAUUAUUUUAAAUUAUUUAGUUCUGUUGCAUUUGGUGAUUUGAAUGGUGUUAUUAUAACAGAAUGUACAUUAUUAAACCCCAAUGGUGAACCCAUAAGAUGUGCUUCAACUUGGACAGUUAAACGUGAUGUUUUCGAUAUCCCCAUGUUGAUUGUUGGUCAAUUCUUACCAAUCUUGCAAGUGAAAUGA